GUGGUGGGUAGCUUACUCUCUCUGCUGAGGGGCUCUGACAAAACGUGCCUCUCCAGCGUCACGUUAGCCUUCACAGGGCCUCUGGGGAGAGGUGGGUGGGUCGCGUCUCCGGGCGGGGGACCUAGGGCUUCACAUCAAAACCCCUUUCUCCCCCUUGCUCGAGGUCAAUGUGCUUCUUCAUUCGGACAAAACGUGGGGAGUCUUAGCAUGGCCUAGUGUGGCUUCCAGUGCUGUAGCUGAAGUUCUCACCUACUUUUAAUAACCAGCUCCAUAGCUGAAGUUUUCAUCACGUCUGUCAUGCUGAGAGACUCCGAAGCGCUUAUGCAUGUUGUGCUUGCAAAAAUAAAAUUAUUUUAGCAGGAGUGUGGGUGGGUGAUCUGCAGGGUAUUCACAACCAUGCGACAAGAGAAAGGAAACCAUCUCUGACAGGUGAAGUCCUGUUCUAAUAAAUUCAGCGGGCUCGUUAGAGAUCAGAGGGCAGAAGGGCUUUGUAACAAUGACUUGGUGAGAAAACCAAAUUUGAUUCUGGUCAGGAGAUUGGAUUACGGCUGGCCAGAAAGAGGGGAGCAAAAUAGAGCCUGUAACUCAAUGCCCUCGCCAAGUGGCAGAAAGGAUGCCGGCGGCAGGCUGGCAGCAGAAGCGAAGCGCUCGCCCUCUCCUCUUGCCAAUACCAUGAGACUGCAAUCAUAGGAAGCCUCGUGCCGGGUGGCAGAGUUAAUUCCGGCACUCGUUAAAUCGUUCCAUGAAGGGACAUAGCUUGUGUUUCAGGAACUGAUGAUAGCUGUGGCCUUGAGUAAUGGUUUAAAAUUGUAGGGCUGUUUAAAUCCCAGCCGUCAGUUGUCUUUCCUCUCUGUCCUUUCAGCUCGUACCUUUUAGGUGUUCUUUUAAAGCCCUUAGAAGGAAAAAACUCUGUCACCUGCCUUUUCUCACAUCCUUUUCCAAUCCAAACUACUGAGAAUUUGUGUUCAUAAACUCAGUGGUGCUCGUGCCGCUGAGCAGAGAGAUUUCUUGAGGACCCACUGCCACACUUGCAGCUGCUUUUGCAGUUGUCGGCGCUUCGGAUGUCUGCAGAAGCAGUUGGAGCAACAAGAAAAGCGAUCUGUCUGCGGCAGGAGUUCUUACGUAAGUGGAGAGACAGGAGCUGCCUUCUGGCAUCCAUCGUGGUUUGGAAAGGUCAUUUUCAAACCCUGCCCGGCAGGAAGGAGACCCUCUGCUGCUGCUGGUGGCCGCAGGAAGCAAAAAGCUGAGUGGGGAUGGAGCGGAAGAAAGCCCAGCCUUGUUUUUCAUGGACUGAGUGGAUGCCAGUGCAGUUGGAAAUAGACAGACGGUUGGAAAAGAAGCUCAAGAUCACGCAGAAGGAAAGUAGAAAGUCAAAAUCUCCUCCUAAAGUGCCGAUCGUGAUUCAGGACGACAGCCUUCCUGCAGGUCCUCCCCCACAGAUCCGCAUCUUGAAGAGGCCGACGACCAACGGUGUGCUUAGCAAUCCCAACUCCGCCAGCAGACCGGCCUUCCCUGUCAAAUCCUUGGCGCAAAGGGAGGCGGAAUACGCGGAAGCCAGGAAACGAAUAUUGGGCAGCGCCAGCCCUGAAGAAGAGCAGGAGAAACCCAUCCUAGACAGGCCGCCGAGGAUCUCCCAGCCGGAAGACACCAGACAGCCCAAUAAUGUGAUCAGGCAACCCCUGGGUCCUGAUGGCUCACAAGGCUUCAAACAACGCAGAUAAACGCGGGCGAGCAAUGCUACUGCGGAAGGCAGGGUCCGCCGCCACGGGUUGCACUGCCGUGGCGGACAAACGGACUUGAGCAAAGGGAACUCCCUGGUUUAUUUGCACUGUGAUCCCCUUUGCUCUGCCCACUGUGACCUUCAACCCCACGCACUGUGACCUCCCCUCUCCACCCACUGUGACCGGCAAACUGAGAAGGGCUGUCCCCAAAGUCACUGAAAAAGGAAAGGGGACAAGGGGAGGGGGGUUGUAAAGGACUCGGACGGGUGCAGGGAGUUGUGCGUGUGCCGUUUGGGUUGGAGCUAGCGCCAGCAAUAAUGUUCGUUGUACUCAUAACCUGGGAUUUAAGGGAAAAAACAAAACAAA